CUCUCUCUCUCUCUCUCUCUCUCUCUCUCAUAUUUUUUUCAUCUUCUUUGAAAGCAACAAUCUUGGUGUUACCAUAAAGCCUUGAAAACCCCAUCUGUAUCGCUUUCUUUCUCGUCUGUUGUAGUUUCUUUUAUAACAGUUCUGUCCCAACAAACUUGAUAAAUCAUCGUCAUGAAGUAAACAAACAUCUGGGUUUCACUCUAUUCCUUCCCUCUGAUCAGUUUCUGCUUCACCGGCUUAAUGCUAACGAGAGUGAGAGAGAGGUUUUGCUAAAGUUGAGGUUCUAAUUAAUGGGUGGUGGUGGUGAAGACAGGUGGCCGGAGGUAGUACCACCAGUAGUGGCUCCGUUAAACGGAGAGAGAGAGGAGUGGAGGCACUUCUACAACUCAGUCAAUGCGGUGUCGUUUGGGCUCGUGGCCACCGCCAUUCUCGUAUCAAUGUUCCUCGUCAUGGCGAUCUUUGAGAGGUUUCAGAGGGCCACGUCAGCUCCUUCCGGUGAAAGGCCACGUUCGGAUCUCGAGGCUCGCAUGGAUUUCAAUGGAAAACUUGAUUACCCAUCUCCAAAAAUGACAGUGUAUGCCAAAGGGGUAUCAGUUUUGAUGCCUGGCGAGGAAAAUCCUACUUUCAUUGCACACCUUGCUCCUGCAGCAUGUCCUCCUGAGCACAUCUCAGUUCUUCAUCAACAAAACCCAUCCAUCAGUCCCUCCUAAGGAUCAUUACCAAUCUCACGUACACCAAGCUCGCUUUCCCCAUGCAAAUUCUGAACCUCUUGGCCGGCUCAGUCAAAUGGAAGACUAAAAUGGGUUUAAUUCAUCACAAAUGUGACCAUUUAGAUCAUGGAAAGCAUGCUUUAAUUUGCUUCUCUAAGCGAUGAUUAUAUAGACAAAGCCUGACUUCCAAACCAUAUCUCCAUAUAUAGAUAUAUAUUCGGUUUGUAAUCAUAGCCUUCUAGAUGGAGAACUAAUUUCGCAUAAAGAUUAAUAUAUCAAGUUAACUUGGUGUUGUUUGCUGCAA